AUGGAACUCGAAGGCGCACCAACUAUCCAAAAACAAAGAUGGGGAACGGAUCGCAGACCCCAAAGGAAUAACCAGCGACGCACGGACCCAAAGAACGGACAGUCACGCGACCAAAAAGUCCCGCAAUAUGACGAGAGACGCGCCGCCCAGCCCGACGGGAAAGACCGUGCACCACAACGAACCCGCCAAGACCGCCCAGCCACGACCAUAAAUAAAAACAACCUUUCCAGACAAGAACAAGCCCUCCUCCGCGCACUCCUGCGCAAAGCCAAAGAAGUAAAGGCAGACAAUGCCGACGUAUUCGCAUUGUCCAUGCCGGACGACACCGAUGACGCUCCCUACCAAAUAGACGAUGACCUUAGCGAGCAAGAGCCAGAGGAUGCCUACUCCGACCCACACACCCUUGUGGACCUCCAAGACGAGGUAAGCGAAGAACCCCGAGACCCCCACCCACGGGAAGAAGACGCCUACUACGACCAAAGAGAUGUCAUGGUGGUACAGGUAAGUUCAAUCACCGACCCGCGAGGGGAUGGCCCCUCGACAAUCAGGUGCGAACCACCGUUCCACCAGUUCAUUGGUGAUCUACAACAAAGAGGUGCCAACAGGAAACUCUACCUGUCCGUGACGCUUGAGGAUCAGUGGGAACACGAAGCGCUCGUAGACACAGCCGCCGAUAUCAGCCUGAUUGCCGACGAUCUCUUCGGUAAGUUACAAUCCCUGGCCGGAAAGUCUCACAAAGACCUGAAAACGCAGCCGUGCGACUUGGAAAUACGACCCUACUCCCUGGUAAACACGACCAUACGUAAAAUGGCGCUAAUACAACUGACCGUGGGCCCCAUGACGCUAGUCCACCCGGUCUACAUCUCCCCACUCAACUCUAUUCCGCUCCUGCUGGGCCAGGACCUUCUAAAUCGGUUCGAGCCCCUAAUAGACUUCCAACGCCUGAAGAUCUGGGCUCAAGUCCGAAAGCCCUUCCCCAUCCCACGCACACUGAGCGAGAACCACUGCUACUUUGUAGAAGCGCCACCUACAGACGGCCUACAGCCUGCCACGGCACAAACCGAGACCUGUCACCACGGUUUCCCGGCAAGAACAGGCACUAACUUCCUAUGCUCCUUCGCGCCAUCCGCACACUCGGACUCACCCGGUAUAAACGACAGCGUGAUCUUGGCGGGCACAAAGUUUCCAGACACUGCCCUCGCCUAUUGGGCAGACAAAUCCGCAGUCAGCCAGGACUUAUUCCACACGCUGGCACAAAACUUACCAAACCUACCUUUUGUUAGGAAAACCUCGCGCUUCCCAAAGGACCACCGGUCCCCAGACGUGCUCCCGGCUAUAGGGUUCUGCUCACUCGCCUUACAGAUACAUGACAAGACGCUCAAACAUACGUUCUCGGUCGUCAAAGACCUGCCACACCCGAUAGUCAUCGGCGGCGACGUCUUGACCCGUUUAGACACCCAAAUAGACGCGAUUAACAACGUCCUCUGGUCACUCACGACCGUGACGACAAAAUCCGAGACCCCUCCGCUGGACAACCUGAAAUCAGGCCAGACCAUACCAGAGGUGUGCCAAGUCGCAACACAAAACCACCUCACGCUACCACCAAACACGUCUGCGCCACUAAGUCUGAUAGUCCUGCCUGGCCAACUAACCAGCAACUCCCAAGCCUUCUUCCAACCAUCCCACCUGUUCAUAACGCUUGGACUGCAAACGGAGGCGACCCCCCUCCUACGGCUGGAAGGCCGCAAAACGCACGUGAAGGUGCUAAACACCACAGAGGACGCCAUCCUCGUACCGCGGGGCACCCCACUGGGCUGGCUGAUCGACACUACGUUCCACAAUUUCGAUCUCCGCCUCCCGGUGAUAGGUGACUGGCCAACAGGGCUGAACCAGGACCCCGACGUGCAGGCCCUACUCACCAAACCAUCAAGGUCGAUCUCCCUCUUCACGGUACCCGGCCCUAAAGCCAGUGACGUGUGCAGAGGGGACCUGACCAACCAGUCAGAGAUGAUUCUACAGACCGUGUCGGUCAUAGACUCUGAACACAACCUCACCUCUACCCAAAAGGCUCCCGAGCCGACGCGAGAACCCGCCGCCAGCCCCUCCUUUGAGGAAGAGCUGGACAAAACCGUGACGUUAGCAGAUGCCAUCAGCACUGACGAAGACAGAGCUAAACUCCGUCAAGUGCUGAUGAAAUACAAAUCCUCUUUCGCCACAGACCCCACGGACUGA